UGUCUGUCUUUCCGGCGUGCCUGUGUGGAGGGCGAAGUUUGAGAUGCAUUUGUUUCUUAAGGAGAGGACGGAUUUCUUUGUGAUAUUGUAUAAGCUGCUUUCAUCAUGGGAGAAAUAGAGCAGAGGCCCACCCCAGGAUCGCGACUGGGGGCUACAGAGAAUUCAGGGAUCAGUACCUUGGAACAUGGGCAGAAGCCGCCCCCAACGCCUUCAGGAAAACUCAUGUCCAUCAAAAUCCAGAUGCUGGAUGACACCCAGGAGGCAUUUGAAGUUCCACAAAGGGCUCCAGGAAAAGUGCUGCUAGAUGCAGUUUGCAACCACCUCAACCUUGUGGAAGGCGACUAUUUUGGCCUGGAGUUUCCUGAUCACAAAAAGAUCACGGUGUGGCUGGAUCUCUUAAAACCUAUUGUGAAACAGAUUAGAAGGCCAAAGCAUGUUGUCGUUAAGUUUGUGGUGAAAUUUUUUCCACCUGACCACACACAACUCCAAGAAGAACUCACAAGGUACCUAUUUGCUCUGCAGGUGAAGCAGGACUUGGCUCGAGGCAGGUUGACGUGUAACGACACCAGCGCUGCUCUCUUGAUCUCACAUAUUGUACAAUCUGAGAUUGGGGAUUUUGAUGAAGCAUUGGACAGAGAGCACUUAGCAAAAAAUAAGUACAUACCUCAGCAAGAUGCACUAGAAGACAAAAUCGUGGAAUUUCACCAUAACCACAUUGGACAAACACCAGCAGAAUCAGAUUUCCAGCUCCUGGAGAUUGCCCGUCGGCUGGAGAUGUAUGGAAUCCGGUUGCACCCGGCCAAGGACAGGGAAGGCACCAAGAUCAAUCUGGCCGUUGCCAACACGGGAAUUCUAGUGUUUCAGGGUUUCACUAAGAUCAAUGCCUUCAACUGGGCCAAGGUGCGGAAGCUGAGCUUCAAGAGGAAGCGCUUUCUCAUCAAGCUCCGCCCUGAUGCAAAUAGCUCGUACCAGGACACGCUGGAAUUCCUGAUGGCCAGUCGGGAUUUUUGCAAGUCCUUCUGGAAAAUCUGCGUUGAACAUCAUGCCUUUUUUAGACUUUUUGAAGAGCCCAAACCAAAGCCCAAGCCCGUUCUCUUCAGUCGAGGCUCGUCGUUCCGGUUCAGCGGUCGGACUCAGAAGCAGGUUCUUGACUAUGUGAAGGAGGGAGGACAUAAGAAGGUGCAGUUUGAAAGAAAACACAGCAAGAUUCAUUCCAUCAGGAGCCUGGCUAUGCAGCCUGCAGAACCGAAUUCAGAAGUGCCAAAACAGUCUCAGCAGAGCGCCAGCCUUACAUUUGGAGAACGUGCCGAAUCCCCGGGUGGCCAGAGGUGCCAGCCAGGAAAGGACGUGAACGUUUCCACUGAGGAAUCAGGGCCACGCCCGAGCCCUGCUGGGAAGAGGAGCCCUCCGGGCAGCAAACAGGCCGACAGGGCCACCACGGCGCCGGCGGAGGACGAGGAGGAGGCCAUUGCGGACAGGACCCCGCAGAGUAAACCUCAGGCCCCGCAGCCAAGCACAGGCUCCCUGACUGGUAGCCCUCACCUUUCAGAGCUGUCCGUCAACUCGCAGGGAGGAGCUGCCCCCGCCAGUGUGACCUUGUCUCCCAACCUGAGCCCCGACACCAAGCAGGCCUCCCCCUUGGUCAGCCCGCUGCUGAACGACCAGGCGUGCCCGAGGACUGACGACGAAGAGGAAGGCCGGAGGAAGAGAUUCCCAACAGACAAAGCAUACUUCAUUGCUAAAGAAGUAUCCACCACCGAGCGGACGUAUCUGAAGGACCUUGAAGUCAUCACUUCAUGGUUUCAGAGCUCGGUGAGCAAAGAGGACUCCAUGCCUGAAGCAUUGAAAACUCUCAUAUUCCCGAAUUUUGAACCUUUGCACAAGUUUCAUACCAACUUUCUCAAGGAAAUUGAGCAACGACUUGCCCUGUGGGAAGGCCGUUCCAAUGCCCACAUCAGAGGAGAUUACCAAAGAAUCGGCGAUGUCAUGCUGAAGAACAUUCAGGGCAUGAAGCACCUGGCGGCUCACCUGUGGAAGCACAGCGAGGCCUUGGAGGCGCUGGAGAACGGCAUCAGGAGCUCCCGGAAACUGGAGAGCUUCUGCAGAGACUUCGAGCUGCAGAAGGUGUGUUACUUGCCGCUCAACACCUUCCUGCUGCGGCCGCUGCAGCGGCUCAUGCACUACAAGCAGGUCCUGGAGCGGCUGUGCAAGCACCACCCGCCAAGCCACGGUGACUUCAGGGACUGCCGAGCUGCUUUGGCAGAGAUCACUGAAAUGGUGGCACAGCUCCACAGCACGAUGAUCAAGAUGGAGAACUUCCAGAAGCUGCACGAACUGAAGAAGGAUCUGAUCGGCAUUGACAAUCUUGUGAUUCCGGGAAGGGAGUUCAUCCGCCUGGGCAGCCUCAGCAAGCUCUCGGGGAAGGGGCUCCAGCAGCGCAUGUUCUUCCUGUUCAACGACGUCCUGCUGUACACGAGCAGGGGCCUGACGGCCUCGAACCAGUUUAAAGUGCACGGGCAGCUCCCGCUCUACGGCAUGACGAUGGAGGAAAGCGAGGACGAGUGGGGGGUGCCUCACUGCCUCACGCUCCGGGGCCAGCGGCAGUCCAUCGUGGUGGCCGCCAGUUCUAGAUCAGAGAUGGACAAGUGGAUGGAGGACAUCCAGAUGGCCAUCGACCUGGCAGAGAAGAGCAGUGGCCCCACUCCCGAGUUCCUGGCCAGCAGCCCCCCGGACAGCAAGUCCCCUGAGGAAGCCACAGCAGCCGACCAGGAGUCAGAGGACGACCUGAGCGCCUCGCGCACCUCGCUGGAGCGCCAGGCCCCCCACCGCGGCAACACCAUGGUGCACGUGUGCUGGCACCGCAACACCAGCGUCUCCAUGGUGGACUUCAGCAUCGCAGUGGAGAAUCAGUUGUCUGGGAACCUGCUGAGGAAAUUCAAAAACAGCAACGGGUGGCAGAAGCUGUGGGUGGUGUUCACAAACUUCUGCCUGUUCUUCUACAAGUCACACCAGGACAAUCACCCCCUCGCCAGCCUGCCUCUGCUCGGAUACUCGCUCACCAUUCCCUCGGAGUCCGAGAACAUCCACAAAGACCACGUGUUCAAGCUGCACUUCAAGUCCCAUGUGUACUACUUCAGGGCUGAAAGUGAAUACACGUUUGAAAGGUGGAUGGAGGUGAUCCGAAGUGCCACCAGCUCAGCUUCACGGGCCCACAUUUUGAGUCACAAAGAAUCUCACGUGUACUGACAGCUGGACCCAUCCCUUGUUUCACAGCAGUCGCUGCUUUCCUGGAGGACAUUUACUUUCUUCUGUAUUAAUGAAGCCUAGUAAAAUUAACAACUGUCUGAAAAACAAAAAACAUGGUUUUACAGCAGCUCUCCUCUGUCUCUACAGAAGCGUUUUUAACCCUGUCUUCUGAUGGAACAGCGCUCCCAUCUCCACUCCUGGGUGGCUUGUCACCUGUCUUUCUCCGCGGGGGGUUCUUUAGUUUGUGCCAGUAUUAAAACAUUGUCAUUAACAGAGUGCCAAAUGACAGUUUUCCCUCCACAACUGUACCUUAAGACAUCUGUUCAACCAAAAGACAGGGCAAGUGCCCUUUUUCUAUUAUUUUCAUCUCUAGGCUGCUGUGUUUUAAAAAAUGGACUUUCCAGUGUUUGCAAUACACAUGGCACAGUCUUAAGCAAAAGAGAUCAUUUUCAGAUUUCGUUUUUUUCAAUCUUUCUACUUUUAUAAUAGGGAGUUAGUAGGACCCACUUCUUUAAUAAGCAAUUUUCAGCACACUACGUUCCACUUAGGGAUUUUGUGCUCCAGUGAAAACUUACCGGACCUACUUCUUGGUUGACCAAAUUGUUACAUGAUUACUAUUUACAAACUGUAGCUCGGUUGUCUUAAGAGAAGCAGAAAUCCAGUGCGAUAUCUGGACUAUCACUGUACUGUGAGUGGUGUAUACAAAUGAGAAGAUAUUAAGCUGUGGUGUUUUGCUGUUUCACAAGCAUGAAAACCUAUAUGUCAUUAAUCAGGGCCAUUUGUGAUAUGUUACAUUACGGAGAGUUUUUGUGAGCUUACGUGGAUGCAGAAACACUAUAAAGUAAUGGUACGUAGUC